AUGAAUAAAACUUUAAAAUUUAAUAGACGAUUAUAGCAGCCUUCAGAAUAGAUGGGAUUUUGUGUUCAAUGCUUUAGUUUCAUUCCAAUAAAUGAUAUAGACUCUCACUGUCUUGGUUGCAUGGAAAAUAAAAGAAAUAUCGAAUGUUAUUCUGACAAUAUUUCUUUUUAAUUGGAGCAUAUUAAUUAAGUAGCCUAGAAUGGUAUGGAAAAAUGUGAACAAGGUUCUGAAAAAUCAAAGUUUUUAAUUAGAAUUUAAGAACUUUGUAAACAGAUUGUCGGCAUAAAAUGCUAUAAUAUGUUAAGUGUAAAAAAACUUGAAGAUAUGGAAAGCGAAGUAAAAGUCUUACUUUCUUACCCUCCGCAAUCUAUGAGUGUUAUAAUGAUGCUAACAAGAUUAGAAUCUCUAUUAAAAGAAAAGUUAGAAUUAUAAAAUAAACGUAAGCAAGUCACAUACAAUUCCUUACCUUAAAACAGCACCGCUCGAUUAAAAACUGAAUAAAACAUGAGUGAGAAUAACUAUUCAAUCUAUGAUUACAGAAAAUUUUAAACUGAAAACAAUCUUAAAUAAUCUCUAGAGUUCAAAAGGAAUUUCUAUUCUAAAUGCCUUGAAAUGAAAGUAAAAUUGCCUAAAAACCAUCCAGCUUAAUAAAUUUUGGUUUAAGACUUAUACAGCUUUGUGAUUAGCAAAAAUUACAACAAUGAAUAGGCUGUAAAUUUUAUCAAGAAAUGUUUUAGGGAAUAUCAAAUUAAUUAAAUAUGA